CCCACGUGCAGCACUGCCUCCAGCUCGGGGGCCCAGCGCCGGCCAGACUGGAGCUGUUGGAGCGGGGCCAGAGGAGCCCACGACAGCGACCGGAGGGCUGGGACCCCUCUGCUGGGAAGAAAGGCUGAGAGAGCCGAGGGGUUCAGCUGGAGAAGAGAAGGCUCCGGGGAGCCCUGGCUGCGGCCUCUCAGAGUGUAAAGGGGGAGCAUAAGAGACACAGGGAAAGGCUUUUUACUGGGGCCUGCGGUGACAGGACAAGGGAGAGGGCGGAAUGAUUUUGAACUGCAAGAGGGCGGGUGUAGGCUGGGUGUGAGGAAGAACCUUUUCUACCCUGACAGAUUUGCCCAGAGAAACUGUGGCUGCCCCCUCCCUGGAAGGGUUCAAGGCCAGGUUGGACGGGGCUUUGGGCAACCUGGGCUGGUGGAAGGUGGCCCUGCCCGGGGCAGGGGGUGGCACUACAUGAUCUCUAAAUUUCCCUUUGACCCAAAGCAUUCUGUGAUUCUGUAUUCCUGGUGCAACACUAAUUAAUGCUUUGACUGUCUCCUGCAUUGCCCAUUUACUCCAUUGUCUCUAGUGCAGGUGCAGAUAAUAACAAAUAUAAGCAGUGAACUUCUUAGUGUAAAUUAAAUAACUAGAAUAACAUGUUUUGCCGCUGCUCUAAAACCAAGUAGUUACUGUGUAAUCUGCAGAAUUGCAGGUUAACAUUAUAAGUUUAGAUACGUUAAUUCUAACCAAGUCAUAACCCCCUUAUCCCAUUACAGAGAUUAAUCGCUGAUUUAAGUAGAAGAUUAAACAGCGCUUAGAUGAAAAUUCUGCCUCUGCAAAUGAAUUAAUUUUUUUUUUCCCGGAGAAUGUUUCUUGUUAAGGUGGUAUAUUUCAUUUAUGAAAUAGGAGAGAUAAGUCUAACUGUUGAACUUUUUUUCAGAUAUUUCUGUUGAAAGUAGAUAAAAUGGCAACAUUAAUUCACACUUUAGCAGAUCAUAGUGAUGAUGUCAACUACUGUGCCUUCUCAUCAUCGUGCUUGGCUACUUGUUCCUUGGACAAAACAGUUCGUGUUUAUUCUCUCAAGGACUUCACUGAGCUUCCAUACUCGCCCCUGCGGGGUCACACAUACGCGGUGCACUGCUGCUGCUUCUCUCCGUCAGGACAGCUCUUGGCCUCCUGCUCCACGGAUGGCACCACGCUGCUGUGGGGCAGCGGCGACGGGCGGCUGCGGGCCGUGCUGGGCCAGCCCAGCCGCAGCCCCGUCCGCGUCUGCCGCUUCUGCCCCCGCACCACACACCUGCUCGCAGGGGCAGCGGACGGGAGCCUGGCGCUCUGGGACACGCAGACCUUGAAACUCUACAGGUCUGGGAAUGUUAAAGAUGGUUCUUUGGUGGCCUGUGCAUUUUCUCCUAAUGGAAAUUUCUUUGUCACUGGAUCAUCAUGUGGUGAUUUAACCAUUUGGGAUGAUAAAAUGAGAUGCCUGUAUAAUGAAAAAGCACAUGAUCUUGGCGUUACCUGCUGUGAUAUUUCUUCACAGCCAAUUUCUGAUGGUGAACAUGGAUUCACAUACUUCCAGAUGGCUUCUUGUGGUCAAGAUAAUCAGAUCAAACUCUGGCUUAUUUUGUUUACAGAUGUCUUAGGUGUUGAAUUAAAAUAUAAAUGCACCUUGAGUGGACAUUCUGCCCCAGUUCUGGCUUGUGCAUUUUCUUAUGAUGGGCAGAUGUUAGUCUCAGGGUCUGUGGACAAGUGUGUCAUAAUACAUGAAACUAGUACUGCCAAUACCGUUCAUACUUUGUCUCAGCAUACCAGAUAUGUAACAACUUGUGCUUUUGCACCGUGUAGUCCCUUACUUGCCACAGGUUCAAUGGAUAAAACUGUGAACAUAUGGCAGUUGGACCUUAGGCAACCCUGUGCAGGAAAUACUGUAGAAAAUGAAUCUAAGAUGGCUGUUGAGGACUGGUCAGAGGACGAUGUUUCAGCCUGGCUUUGUGCACAAGACUUAGCAGACUUUGUUGAGCUUUUCAAAAUGAAUAACAUUGAUGGCAAACAACUACUGAAUCUUACUAAAGAAAGUCUGACUAAUGAAUUAAAAAUUGAGUCUCUAGGCCUGCGCAGUAAAGUCCUCCAGAAGAUUGAAGAGCUGAGGAUGAUCUCUGUUCCUCUUGCCAUCCCUGACGAGUUCUUAUGUCCCAUAACAAGAGAGCUUAUGAAGGAUCCUGUCAUUGCAGCAGAUGGCUACUCCUAUGAAAAGGAAGCAGUGGAAAACUGGAUCAGCAAUAAGAGACGAUCUAGUCCCAUGACAAAUCUUCCUCUCACCUCCCUCAUGCUUACACCGAACAGGUCACUGAAAAUGGCCAUCGCUCGCUGGCUGGAGACUCAGCAGAAACCCAGGGAAACUACUCAAGAGUUAACCGAAAGGAAAUGACACAGAUGAAGGAAAUAAUUAUAUCAGAAACAUCUGUGUUUCUGUUCUAAUCUGUGUUUCUCAUGUAUAUAAAUGUUUGUUAGAAAGAAAAUCUUCACUGGUGGAAGCUCCUAGAAAAUGACUGAAAAGGUGUACAUUUUGAUAGCUUUACUUAGCAGUAUUACUGCUUGAGAAAGGAAAUAGACUCACUUUUUCAAAUACAGUUUCCUUAAAAUUUUUACUGUAGUUACAUGUUUUGAGUCUUGAUUUUGCCAAGUCAGGCUUUCAGAGAAUAAGAAGUAGCAAAGUAUAUACCCCCUAUUUGGUUUUCUAAUUUAAAAAAAACUAAAAUGUGUCUUUCUCUGUUCCCUAGUACUGAACAUGCAGUUGGAAAAGUUGGGAGAGAGUUUCUGCUGUAACCACAGCCCACAGGUAUAUUAAUAAUCUUUAUUUUGUAUGGAAAAAAUACAGUAGCUGUGCAAAAAUAGAACUACAGGACAAGACUAAUAUAGGACUUGUACAAAGUAUCAAAGAAACAGUAAACAAUAAAUAAGCUAAAGCAUAAUGAUGCAAACUCAAAAA